AUGAGAGGAGGAAUCAAGAUAUGUCGAUAUGCUAGAGGGGUUAGAUCCUUGCAUACAGUUCCUAAAUUAACGAAUGUGAGUCGUCUGUCCAAAGAAGGUAUACCGAGGAUACUUAGUGGGAAGGGGUUUGAUAUUGCCUGGAAUCAAUAUCAAUUGUCGAUGGUUAAUAGGUUGAACUUGGCUGUGGCUGGGACGGCAUUGGAAUCGAUGUUUCCCUUCCAUAUCCUGUUGAAGACGGCUAGAGAUAGACAUCAGGCACACAUAUUUAAUUUGGCAUCAGGUUUGCAUAAUAACCAUCUGUUCAUGGAGAAUAUUAUCCCGGGGGCCACAACGGAGGGUCCCUCAUCGUUAUUCUUGGAGAAAGUGAGGGAGUCAUUUGAUGGGAAGAGUUGGGAUGUUGUUAAGGAAGAGAUGUUGGAACAAAGUUUGACUGGUUGUUUGGGUCAAGGAUGGUUAUUUCUUGUAGAAAGAGAGGAUAAACGAUUGGAGAGCAUGAUUUGUCAUAAUAAUGGGACACCGUAUUAUUUUGGUCGUAAUCAAAUGCUUGAUUUGAAUUCUAGUGUUACUCUGGCUGAAUUUACUCAUUGGGAAGAUAUGAAAAGUGUAAUUCGUGAUUCCAGCAAGGGUAAAUUGAAAGAAAAGAAUGUCGUUAAGGAUUGGACCAUCCCGUUGAUUUGUAUUAAUUUGGGUGACGUUGCAUAUUUGAAUGAUUAUGGGAUAUUGAAGAGGAGAGAGUAUGUGAAGAAUUGUUUGGAUAAUUUGAAUUGGUCUGUGAUCAAUAAUCGGUUAUAUUCGUCGACGAGUUCGUUAUGA